AUGGCAAAGGCCCCUGGUUCUACUCUCUGGUGGGCAGCGACAGUUGCUCUCUUUUACUUCGCUUUCAUCGUCUUUGGAUCUGCACUGUCUUUGUCUGCUGAUGAUAUUCCUGCCAAGGCAGCCUUGGUGGCUUUGGUUAAGGACAACGACAUCAACGCUACCCUUUUCAGCAUCAAGGAAUUUGAUGAGAAGUUCAACAACCGCUACCUCCACGACUGGGUCUUCUUCAGUGUCCAGGAUCUUCCCAAAGCAUUCAAGGAUUCGGUCACCAAUGCUACCAACGCCACUUGUAUUUUCGAGGUCAUUCCCGAAGAGAACUGGAACGACCCGCGAUGGGUUGUCUCGUUCCAGCAUUCCGUCUCUCGGGACACCAACCUGGACAAAGGCUCUGAAGCUCUCAAGACUAUCGCCAACAUCCACCAGAUGAACCGAUGGAUCUCGGCUCCUUUUGCCAAAGAGCGAUGUCUCAAAUAUUAUGAAUGGUUUUUGAAAGUCGAUCCAGGCGCUCAGCUAGCCCAAAACAUAGAUUUUGAUGUCUUUCGUUUCAUGCGAGACAAUGGCAUCGCCUACGGGUCUAGCCGGGCUGCUUCUGGUCAGGCCAAUAUGUCUCCUCUAUCUCCCCGAAUCAAGUCAUUCUUUGAAAAGCAUCCGGAGCUGCUCCACAAGGAAGCCGAUGUCUCAUGGCUUAUUGAGAACGUCGCAAACUUACUCAUGCAGUCUGGCCCAUUGGAUGGCGGUUUUGAAGACUUGGUAGACGAGGGCAGCGACAAGCUGAGGUCGCGGGAGAGCCGCCCCAGCGAUCGAUGCUACUCGGCAACUAACGAGCUACAAAACAAGCCGUCUCACGUUCCUGGAGCCCAGGAUGAAGUCGAGAGAUCAUCUUGGCUCAGCGAGUGCUUUGCAUCUUGGCUAGCUGAUAUUCAUGGAAACAGUCUCUCCCCCUCAUUCGAGAUUGGAUCACUCGCUUUCUUCCGCAGCCUUAACCAGGUUGCAUUCUUUGAUCAUCUCGAUAAUGUAGGCGACUUUCAGUUUUGGCGAGUGGGCGAUGCACAACUGCAUAGCCUGAGCGCCAGCAUGUCCUUGUCUGAAGAGAGUGUCUGGAACUUCCGUACCAAGGAAACCCAGCUCAGCUCUCAACACGACGGCGAACACACUCAAACUGAGCGCCGAUACAGUGAGAAGUGCAUGAAUAACUUUGACAACUCUAACUUGAACGGCAGUGCGAAUUCGAAGGGGGAUGCCUGCGAGGCUAUGACGGCGCUGCUCAAAGCCUGGGACUUGAUGGCCCAGGAUGUGGGUGCGCAGAGCAAGAGCCCGAAAUUGAUUUCAGGCAAUACAUGGAUGGGCAGGAUGAACGGGGGUGCUGGAUGCUCAUUUUUUUGGUUUUGGCGAAAGACAUUAUCUGAUGAUCUAGGAUUUGGAUGGGAUACGGAUUUCAGUUGCUUGCAUGACGGGACGAAGGGUCAGGUAAAGAUCAAGGUCUAA